AUGGCAUCGGAUAGCUUUCAAUACGGACAGUUAGAGGAAGAUCUAAAUCAAAUAUCAGGACUGAAGAGCCUCGUUCUAGAAGGCCGAUAUCGUCAUGCUUCAUUUGGUUUAGCAAUUAGUUUAUUCGUAACAGGUUUGAUAAGCAGCAUUAUAGGUGGAAUUGGAUAUAUGAUGCCAGGAUACGAAACUAACUUCAGCAUCGUUAUCGGACAAGACGUUUGGAUCGGAUUGAUUAAUGCUCGUACGAUGUACUAUGAAAAUACUACAAAUCCCAACCAAGCCGCUACUUUACAACAGCCAUCAGGACAACCAGGAGCAAUAAUAAUGCCUUCAAAUCGAUUAGUAAAUUUAAAUCAAGAAACUUCAGGCGCUUAUACCAUCCUUUCUGAGGCUACAGAUAAUUCUAAUUCAUGA